UGUUUGAAUCAUUACGCCAUCGAACGUGCCAGUGAAUUUACCGUAUUUUUUGUGUGACUUAAAACAAAACAAAAUGUUUCUUGAAAUAUCAUUGCUAUCGUGGUCAUUAACCUGCAUUAUAAUUGCACUUUCUGUGGGGCAUCACUUCGUUCGAAAGGAGUCAUUCUUCAGUGAGAAAAACAUCAAAUUUGUUCGAGGCAUUCCGGUGCUGGGCUCAUUAUGGCCCUCCUUCUUCGGCUUGGAACAUUUUACCGCCUCGUUCGAGAAAAUCUACACGAAAUAUCCGGACGAACGAAUUGUUGGAUUUUACGACCUGUACAAUUCGCCCAAGUACAUGAUUCGCGAUGUCGAAUUGAUCAAACAGAUUGCCAUCAAAGAUUUCGACUAUUUUGUGAACCACAGUUUCUACGUCGACGACAAUAACGAUCCGUUCUUUGGUAGAUCGUUAUUCGUGCUGCGUGAUCAACGAUGGCGCAAGAUGCGAGCGACGCUCAGUCCGGCAUUUACCGGACGAAAAAUGAGGCUUAUGUUUAACUUAACCAAUGAGGUGGCAGAUGCAUUCGGGAAGUACUUGAAGUGCGAUCUGGUGAAUGGACAGAAGGAUUAUGACAUGAAAGAUGUACUGACCCGGUUUUGUAAUGACGUUAUAGCAUCGACGGCCUUCGGUUUAAAUGUGAACUCGAUAAAGGAUCGAAAAAAUGAGUUUUAUAAAGUGGCAAAAUCCAUAUCGGAGUUCGGUUUCGUUGAAAUGCUAAAACUGUUCCUCUAUUCGGUGGAGAGCCUUUCACGACGCGUCAGUGUGCGAUUGAUUAAGCGUUACGACGAGAAAUACCUCAAAGACAUUAUACUGAACACAAUGGAGUUUCGGGAGAAAAAUCACAUUGUCCGACACGAUAUGCUAAACAUUCUGAUGGACUUGAAGCGAGGCAUUUCAUUAGCUGAUGACGACGAUGGCGAAACUAAUGCGAAAACAUCGUCCGAAAUAAUGGAGUGGUCGGACAAUGAUUUACUUGCCCAAUGUAUGUUGUUCUUAUUGGCAGGCUUUGGUACUGUGUCUCUCACGCUGUGCUUUAUGGUCCAUGAAAUAUGCGUAAAUCCCGAUAUACAGGAACGCUUGUACCACGAAAUUCAGGAUGUCAAAUCAACGCUGAAUGGUCAGCCAGUCACUUACGAAGCAUUGAACAACAUGAAGUACAUCGAUCAAGUGCUACAAGAAACAAUGCGACGAUGGCCGCAAUCAGGCUUCUCGAGUCGUUACGUCAACACGCCAUACGUUAUGCACAAUACCGAGGGCGAGGAAAUCCAUUUGAAUGUUGGCGAUGUCUUAGUGAUUCCAUCGAAUGCUAUCCACGCCGACGAAAAGUAUUACCCGAAUCCAACGAAAUUCGAUCCGGAACGUUUCAGCGAUGAGAACAAGCACAAAAUACCGAUGGGGGCGUUUUUGGCAUUCGGAAUCGGGCCGCGUGCAUGUAUCGCAUCACGUUUUGCAGCAAUGGAAAUCAAGUCUUGCGUUUAUCAUAUGCUCGAUCAUUUCAGCUUUGAAAUGUGUGAAAAGACGCAACAUCCCAUCAAACUGAAAGCUACCAGUGGAAAUAUUGAAGGUGAGAAAGGUUUCUGGGUUCGAUUGAAAUCGAGAGAGAGAAUCGACGGUAACGUUUCGAAACUGUAAUAUGAGGACAUUGCCCGUUUCCCGUUUAAUAUUUACCAAGAAUUUAAGUCUACGAUUUUAAGUAAAGUGAACUGUCGAAACGCAGUUCUCCGUUGUAGCACUCCGUUGAGCAUUUCAUUUGGCCGAAACGAUCGAGAGAUAAAUUCUAAUUCUAACUAAUCCGAAUCACUCACGGAGUGCUAAACGGAGAGAAGAGUUCAACUGUGUUUCAUAUUCAAAGCAUUUUAUUGUUCGCAUAACUAAGCAAUCCAUGCGUUUAGUGCCGCAUUAAACGCUUAGAUAUAUAAGUUGUGAGAACUGCGAUAUUGAGGUGGCGGAAAUGUUCGCGACGUUACCACCAAAGGAUAUGUAUUGGCAUAGAAUGGUCGCAUUGUGGAGUUGUAAGAAUAAAUUCGUUUUGUAAGAU